AUGGCGAAGAAGGGCGAGAGGGCGGAGCAAGUGGCGGCGGUGCGCGCGGUGCUCGGCGAGGAGACGCCGGAGAUGGACAUCAUCCGCGCGCUCCACAUGGCCGGCGACGACCCCACCAAGACCAUCAACAUCCUCCUCGACCUCCACCACAACCUGCCGCCGUCGCCGUCGCCGUCGCCGUCGCCCCCGCCCCAGCCCCCGCCGGUCCAACCCACCAAACCCUCCAGCAAAUCGAUCCCGCAGCCCAAAACCCCCGCGCAACCGAAGCCGGCGGCGGCGGCGGCGGCGGCCGGGAAACCUAGGCCCAAGUCCAACCCCGCGCCCACCGGCGGCGGCGAGCACUGGUGGCUGGUGGGGAGCGCCGAGAUGGCCGGCCUGUCCACCUGCAAGGGCAGGCGCAUCGCCGCCGGGGAACCGGUCACCUUCUCGUUCCCCAACUCCGCGACCGCGGCCGCCUCGGGCAAGGGCCGUCCUGGUCGCUUUGCCCUCGCUUCCUGCACCUCGGAGAUCAUGCGCUUCUCAACCCCGACCCACGGGGAGGUCGGCCGCAUCCCCAACGAGUGGGCGCGGUGUCUGCUGCCCCUUCUCAAGGAGGGGAAGGUCAAAGUCGAGGCCCUGUGCAAAUCCGCUCCUGAGGUUCUUAGCAUCAUGGACACCGUUCUCUUGUCUGCUAGUAUAUACAUCAACAGCUCCAUGUUCCGUGACCAAAAGCAGUCACCGCCCAAGGCAACGCGUGCUGCUACGGAGGACUCCACAUUCCAUCCACUCCCCGCACUUUUCAAAGUCAUCGGGAUUACCCCUUUUAUGAAGGCAGCAUUUACUCCAGAAGAUCUCUAUUCCAGAAAGCGACCAAUUGAAAGAAAGAGCAGUAACGGAGAGCCAGUCGCAAAGUUGACAUCUGAGAAAUUGAAAUUAUCUUCUAGCGGAAAUGAAGAUGAUCAUGCUGAAGGAACUGUUUCAGAUUCGGAUUUGGAUGAUAUAAUUGGAAUCUCAGACAGUUCUGCAUUGGAGGAGAGGGAUCCACCUGAGGCUCUGCAGUGUGAUCUGCGCCCUUAUCAGAAGCAGGCCCUUCAUUGGAUGCUGCAGCUUGAGAAAGGCAGUUGCUCCCAGGAUGCAGCUACAACCCUUCACCCUUGUUGGGAGGCAUAUAAGCUUGAUGACAAGAGGGAAUUUGUUCUGUACUUGAAUGUAUUUUCCGGGGAUGCCACCACUGAAUUUCCUAGUACAUUACAGCUUUCUAGAGGAGGGAUUCUGGCAGAUGCAAUGGGACUAGGGAAGACUAUCAUGACGAUAAGUCUUCUUCUUUCUGAUUCUAGCAAAGGGCGCGUCACAACUCAGCAUAGUACUCAGAUCUCUGGAGAAGCUAGUGGGCUGGGUGAAACUCCUAUUCAGUCCCUUGAUUCCGUGAAGAAUCUAGCUAGCCCUUUUUCUUUUAGCAAGCUCAGGAAACCUAAGGCCCCACUGAUUGGAGGUGGAAAUCUAGUUAUCUGCCCGAUGACACUACUGAGUCAGUGGAAGGCAGAGAUUGAAGCUCAUACAAAACCGGAUUCUUUGAAUAUAUAUGUUCAUUAUGGCCAAAGCAGACCAAAGGAAGCAAGCUUUAUUGGUCAGAAUGAUAUUGUCCUGACCACCUAUGGAGUCGUGGCAUCAGAAUUUUCAACCGAGAGUUCUACAGAAAAUGGUGGCCUCUACUCUGUUCACUGGUUUAGAAUUGUGCUUGAUGAGGCGCACAUGAUAAAGUCAUCUAAAAGUUUAAUAUCCCAAGCUGCUGCUGCUCUUACUGCUGAUCGGCGCUGGUGUCUUACUGGUACACCAAUUCAGAACAACUUGGAGGAUCUAUACAGCCUUUUUAGGUUUCUGAAGGUUGAACCAUGGAGAAACUGGGCCCUGUGGAAUAAACUUGUACAAAAACCAUUUGAAGAAGGUGACGAAAGAGGCUUAAAGCUAGUGCAGACCAUUUUAAAGCCAGUAAUGUUGAGGAGAACUAAACAUAGCACAGACAAGGAGGGCAGACCAAUCCUUACUCUACCCCCGGCGAAUAUUGAAGUGAAAUAUUGUGAUCUAUCAGAGUCUGAGAAGGACUUCUAUGAAGCUCUGUUUCGACGAUCUAAGGUGAAAUUUGAUCAGUUUGUGGAGCAAGGGAAGGUCCUGCACAAUUAUGCUUCAAUUCUGGAGUUGCUUUUGCGCCUUAGGCAAUGUUGUGACCAUCCAUUUCUUGUUAUGAGUCGUGGAGAUACACAGGAGUUUGCAGACCUCAAUAAGCUUGCAAAGCGUUUCCUGCAUGGUGGUAAUAGUAAUGUUAAUGGGGAUUCUUCUUCCCUUCCCUCUAAGGCUUACAUUGAAGAGGUUGUCCAAGAACUGCAGAAAGGUGAGGGGGAAUGCCCUAUUUGCCUGGAAGCCUUUGAGGAUGCUGUAUUAACUCCCUGUGCUCAUCGAUUAUGCCGAGAGUGUAUUUUAUCUAGUUGGCAGAGUCCAGCAGCAGGUCUUUGUCCUGUUUGUAGAAAGUCGAUGACCAAGCAAGAUCUUAUUACUGCUCCAACUAACAGUCGCUUCCAAGUUGAUGUUGAGAAGAACUGGGUUGAAUCUUCGAAGAUAUCUUUUCUUCUACAGGAAUUAGAAUCUCUUCGCAGUUCAGGCGCCAAGAGUAUCGUGUUUAGUCAGUGGACUGCAUUUCUAGAUCUCCUGGAAAUUCCACUUUCCAGGCAUGGCAUUUCAUUUACCAGACUGGAUGGGACCUUAAAUCUUCAGCAGAGAGAGAAAGUAAUCCGUGAGUUUUCUGAGGACAAACGAAUUCUGGUUUUACUUAUGUCUCUGAAGGCUGGUGGUGUUGGAAUAAACCUCACAGCUGCCUCUAACGCGUUUGUCAUGGACCCUUGGUGGAAUCCUGCUGUUGAAGAACAAGCUGUCAUGCGCAUCCAUCGAAUUGGUCAAAUGAAGAGUGUUUCUAUCAAAAGAUUCAUUGUCAAGGGUACUGUUGAGGAAAGAAUGGAAGCUGUGCAGGCUCGUAAGCAGCGAAUGAUUUCCGGAGCGUUGACGGACCAGGAAUUCCGCACAGCACGUCUAGAAGAACUGAAGAUGCUCUUCUCUUGA